AACGUGAUCGAAACAAUAUUUAAAUGUGGAAUCCAGGAGUUUCAUUUGAGGAUUUGGAUCCAGAAAACAUAUUUACGAAACAUGAACAAAUUGGAAAAGGAAACUUUGGAGAAGUAUUCAAGGGAAUAGAAAAAAGGACCCAACAAGUAUUGGCCCUCAAAAUCAUUGAUUUGGAAGAAGCGGAAGAUGACAUUGAAGACAUUCAGCAGGAGAUUACAGUAUUAUCUCAAUGUGAUAGUGCCUUUGUAACGAAGUAUUAUGGAUCCUACAUCAAGGAUACCAAAUUAUGGAUUGUUAUGGAAUAUCUCGGAGGUGGUUCUGCCCACGACCUCAUGAAGGCAGGUGAUUUUGAUGAGGAACAUAUAUGUAUAAUCUUAAGGGAAGUAUUGAAGGGGCUAGACUAUCUUCAUACUGAACAUAAACUUCACAGAGACAUCAAAGCGGCUAACAUCCUGCUGUCUGAAGAGGGAGACGUGAAGCUAGCGGACUUCGGUGUGGCAGGCCAGCUGACUAACACACUAAAAAGGAGGUCACUCGUUGGAACUCCGUUCUGGAUGGCUCCAGAGGUCAUCAAACAAUCUGCAUAUGAUAGCAAGGCAGACAUCUGGAGUUUGGGUAUCACAGCAAUUGAACUAGCUAAGGGAGCACCCCCAAACUCUGAACAUCACCCCAUGAAAGCACUUUUCCUUAUCCCUAAGAACAAUCCACCACAGCUUACGGGCAAUUUCAGUAAACUGUUUAAAGAUUUCGUAGAGGCGUGUCUGAACAAGGAUCCUAAAAAUCGACCAACAGCAAAAGAACUUUUGAGGUAUCCGUUUAUUCGAAAGGCCAAAAGAAAUACAUAUUUAGUGGACCUUAUUGAACGAUAUAAAAAAUGGAAGAUGUCUGGUGGAGAACAAGAGGAUAACGAGUCUGAAACAUCUGAAUCGGAAGGCCGUAGUAUUCACACCUGCGAAAGUUGGCAGUGGGAUCUAGGGACCGUUAAACAGUCUGACCAUUCUUUUCGGCAGAUGGAAGCACCAUCGAAACAUCAUCAGAAUGGAACCGUGUCUGAACUUGUCGAUGAUCCAUCAGCAUCACCGAGCAGGCUAAAAUUCAAGAAAGGGAUUUCUCGAGAAUUUACAAAACAGAAUCUAUCUUCAAAUUCCAAAAUUCCAAAUGAAACAUUUAUAAGAAAUAAUGUAGAUACAGGAGUAAUAAAUAAUUCAGCGAGUUCUGAAGACAAAGGUGGAUUAUACAUAAAUUCUGACAAAGGACUAGAAAUCAAAUCCGGCUUGAGUAAUAAAAUCAUCAACAAUGAAAAGACAGAUGCUAAAGUUGUAUCCAGAACUUCAUCAUCUUUGAAAAAAUCCUUGUCUUUUAAGAAACCAUCUUGUCUUUCAACAGUGAUCCGUCCACUAAUAAGCGAGCUCCACGAGAAAUACCAUGCUUCUGGAAAGACUCAAGAUGAUGAACUACUUAAUGCUGUUGAAGAACUUCAUGGCGCUUUUGAUCUUGCUGAAAGGUCACAUCCAGGGUUUAGUGAUAUGUUUGUUUCAGAACUUAUUUGUCACUUACAGCCUAGUGUUUCUUCCCAUACAAUACAUGAGACAAUGGAGAAACUGACAAGGUAAAUAACAAAAGGCUGUAAGAGUGGGACUAGUUUCCUACGAGAACAAGCUGAAGUGGAAAAUUCUACCCGUGGAGGAUUUUCUUGCGGGAUUAGUUGCACUUAAAACAACUUUCCAUGAGAGGAGGAUUAAGUUUUGGACCUAAAUCGACUUGUGUAUAUAUAGUCCUGAAGAGCUAAAUCUUACACAAAAUUGAAUGACUCCAUUUUGGGGAAGUAAAGGUCGUCAUAUUACAACAAACGUUUGAUAGAUAUCUUCUGGGAAACAAUCAAGUGAUACAAGUUUGCCAUGUUGGAAUAUUUUAUUAUUCUGUAUUGAUUUUUUUUUGUAUAUUAUAUGCUGUGCAAAUACUAAAUAUGGCAAAAACAAUCACAAUUACAUAGUAAACAGCAUAUUUUCAAAUAUAUUGAACUUAUACAUAUAUUCUCUACCAAAGCUAGCACACAUUGUUGUAAUUUAAAUUUCAAAAAUUAUUCUUUUUUGCCGACUAGUAACUAUUUCCACAGGCCUGAUAUUAGAUAAUCACCAAGCAUUGCGAUUCUCAGUGCAAAGUAAUAAAAGUUUCAGUGUUGUUUAGUGAACACGUUAUAUAAAAAGAGCUAAGAUUCCAAGUGCAGUCUUACGAAGGGUUUGGUAUUAUCUAUAGUGAACAAAUACUAUAUAAGAAGUAAUUCCUAGUGAUAAAUUAUUAUUGAAUUUUUAUGGUUGUUUAAUAAAGAAGUAAUUUUUAAAGAUUUAUAUUGUCCGGUAAACAAAUGUCAUGUAUAAUAAAUUUGAAAAAUCAAUAGACUGUGUUGUUUAAUGAACAAGGGUUAUGAAAGGAAUUGUGAUGUCUAAUGAAUAAUUGUUAAGAAAGGGCUGUAUUGUUUGGUGAACAAAUGUCAGUGUUAGGAAAGAAUUGUCUUGUCUAGUGAACAAUUGUUAAUAAAGGGCUGUAUUGUUUGGUGAACAAAUGUCAGUGUUAGGAAAGAAUUGUCUUGUCUAAUGAAUAAUUGUUAAGAAAGGGCUGUAUUGUUUGGUGAACAAAUGUCAGUGUUAGGAAAGAAUUGUCUUGUCAGAGCACAGAUAGCCCAUUGUGCAGCUUUGUGCUUAACUUCAAACAAACAAACAGAUUAUUAAGAGGACUGUGUUACUUAAUGAACAAGUGCAAGGAAAGGUUUGUGUUACUUAGUGAACAAGAGUUAGGAAGGUUUUAUACUCUAUAUUCAACAAACGUUAAGGAAAAAUUACAUUGAUAUAUAACGAUUUAUGCUAGCGAAACGUGAUCUUUUGAUUGGUAGCUUAUGUGACAUUAGAACAGAAUAGAAUGAAUAUUAAUUUUAUACAAAUCACACAAGAUGUGCAGCCAAGAAGCUAUUAUGUUCUUCUUACUGUAAACCCGUAUUAUAGGGCCAGUAAAGGUUUGUAGAAAAUUAUUAGCAAACAUAUUGUGAAGGAUUAUGUUGUCUAAUGAAAAGAUAUGAGGAAAUGAUCAUACAGAUUUUACUUUUUUACCAAAGGUAAAAUUGAAAAAAAAAAUUGUGACGUAGAGGCCUAUUACAUUCCUUGAUUAGCCGUACUCUGCUGUGGACUGCGUUCCGCCUAUUCAAGGCAUAUCAGCACAGCUGGGAUCAGCAAAACAAAAAAAUGCAGUUAGUUUACUAUAUGGUGAAUUAAAAGGGACUCAAAGACUUCCUAAAUCUUAUUAUGAAAGAACUUUUUUAAGUCAACAAAUAUUAAUAAAAGAUUGGAUUGUCUAAUAAAAACACUUGGUUAUGAAAACACUGUUCACUAGAGAACAAAAAAUUAUAAUGUUAUGGUGUGAACAUUUUUUCCGAGCUGGAAAAGCAUUAUUGCAAUCAAAUUAUUUGUCAUUUGAUAUCAGUGUUGGGCCUAUUACAUUUUUAACACUGCAUUCUAUAUCUAUCUCUUAGGAAUUUUCAAAAAUUAGACGAGUAUAAUAAUAGCAUUCCAAUCAUACUAUGUACACCAUAUCCAUGGUCGAUGAAGCAUUUCGCUCAAUUCUGAGCUCAUCUGGACGUCUGGGACAUAAAGGGCUUGAUGAGUUUUGAAUUAUUAUACAAUCUUCUAAUUCUUGAAAAUUCCUAAGGGGCUAAAUAUAGAAUGCAAUGUUAAAAAAAACAAAAUAUAAUGUAUAAUGACAAGUAAAUCAAUUAAAAUAUAUUAUAGCAGUGUUUUGGUAGAAAUUUGUUACAUCAUUGUAUAAAAACAUAUUUGCUGUUCACCAGUGUUUCUUGGUAAAUAUACAAUUCUGUCAUGAAAAUAUUAAGUGUUAACUCUAAAGGAAGAAAUGAUGUUAUUCAGUUGUUUAUUAUUUCUUUGUUCUUAUAUCUAUGCCCC